UACUUCUUCGAGAUAUUUCCUGACUUUAGUCACGUGAGCAUACUGCCUGUUUUCAUUGGUCAACAGCCAGUGCUUGUUUAUUUCCGGAAGUCAUUCGCCAUCAUCGGACUUUCCGUGCGGGUGUCAAAUCUCAACAUCCAAUCUUUCCAACUACGGCAGAAAUAGGCGUGCCCUCAGCAGCGAGAUGGCACAUUGGUUUCACCGAAACCCCUUGAAGGCGACUGCGCCCGUGUCCUUUAACUUUUAUGGCGUGGCAGGGAGCCCAUCUGCCAAUAAAGUUUGCAAUGACCUAAGGACAUCGAGGGCGAGGCUGCUGGAGAUGUUCACUGAUGUCACCUGCAACGCAGACAUCAUGAAGAACGCCACAGAUGCAUACUUCUCUCUCUUACAAUGCUUUAUCGUACCCUUGGAUGGUAGUACACAGGACAACAAGAUGAGGUACAUCCAGAACUUCAAAUGGACUGAUACUCUCCAAGGAAACACAGCAAGUGCCCAGCAAGAUGCAGUCUUCGAGUUGGUCUCCAUGGCCUUCAACGUCGCCUUGUGGCACACCAAGUUGGCCUCCAGAAUUGCAGGAAGAGAAAAUGUAUCAGAAGACGAAGCCAAAGAUGUUCACCGGUGCCUGAAGGUUGCUGCUGGAAUAUUCACACAUCUCAAGGAGGCCCAUGUUCCUCGUCUCAUCACCCCUGCAGCAAAAGGCAGAGACUUGGAGACCCGAGUGAUCGAUGCAUACAUCAUUCAGUCUCAGGCAGAAGCUCAAGAAGUAACAAUCGCCAGAGCCAUCGAACUGAAGCACAAUGCUGCAAUUAUUGCAGCUUUGGCGUUUGAAACAGCAAACUUCUACCAUAGAGCCGACCACGCGUUGAACACUUUGGAGCCCGAAUGCAGCAGCAAGUGGAGAAAGUACCUCCAGCUGAAGUAUCACUUUUACUUGGCUUAUACGUACUGCUAUCAUGGCCAGACGCUGCUGGACACUGAUAAGUGUGGUGAGGCCAUACGCUCUCUCCAAGAAGCAGAAAAGUGCUAUACUCGUGCUGAGGAGCUGUGUAAGGAGUAUCGUCACACCAAAGGUCCAGGGAGCACUGCGAAACCUUCAGAGCAGCUCUUCUUCCGCAAACUGGGCGGCCUGAUUAGAAACACCCUUGACAAGUGCCUGAGAGAAAAUGGCUUCAUAUACUUCCACAAGAUCCCAGCAGACCCCCCCCAGCUGGAGCUGAAAGCCAACUAUGGUCUGGCUGAGCCCGUCCCCUUUGAGCUGCCCUCACCCAGCGAGCAGUGUUCUCCUGAAGUCUACGCCACCUUUGACCUGACCAAGGCAGCCAAACGUGACAAGGCCAAAGCUAAGGAAGAAGAAGUACAAGCGAUGAAGGAGCCUGAUUUAAAGCCCCAGAAGGACUCAGGCUGCGUUCUUUCUUAAAUACAAGACUUCAUUCCUCUCCUCAACAUAAGUAUCCACAUAUUUACAACUUUGUUUUGCAAAAAUCAUAUCAGCUGGAAUGUUUGCUUAUGACAUCACGCACUCCACCUUCCAAAUAGAAACCAAAAGCAAGCGGUUUAUAUUUCAUCAUCUGCUUUAUAGACAUUUAAUACGUCAUUGACCCUUCUGAUCUUAUAUCUAAAUAAUCAGGCUAUCCUUUUUAAAGUAUUAUUUAAAAUAUUAAUAAAUUUCACCUUACAUUCCAAAUACCCGUUAGUUUCAAACAUGUUGAAAGGGUCAGUCAUAUUAUAUUAAACACUCUUUCGUGGUCUGCACAACAUGUAUCACUGCUUCUUUGCUGAAACUUUGCAUUGAUUUUGUUCUACUGACCUUCAAGCUGCUUUCUGCUCCGUUUCAUCACAGUUCCUUCUGAGAGGAGGAGUUGUUGGAUGCAAAUUAACCUCUCCUAGCACUGACUAAGCAUUCACCCCCGCCCGGCAGCAAUGUUUUGCAGUUGUUUACCUUCCUUGCUUUUAUUGUGCACUUUUGACAUGGAUGACCAGCACUUAUCAUCCAAGAUGACAUAGCGACAUUAGCAGCUCGCCGUAGUUUGAUGUCAAAAAGUGGAACUCUACAUGCUGGCUAAGGUUCAACUUGUACCGAGUCUAACAUUGUAAUGUUAGACGCUGGACGUAUACAUGUGUAUAUUGACUUCUAUUCUACGUCAUGUAAAUAACUUGGCUGCUUUCAGUUGUAAUCAUAGAGCCCACUACAUCGCUAAGGUAAUGUGGGUUUAUAUAACUAACUGGUCCAUUGCCAAAAACAGUUGGCACUGAUCCAAUGAAAACUUUUUUUGUUUUUUUUGGCGCAGGACCUUGCCUUACAGUUGAAGGCUAAGCUAGCUACACAACAAAUGGAACUAAAAUUGCUAAUGUAUCAUUCAUAGAUUUAUAUUAUACUGUUAUGAUGUACUGUUUCUUUGUGUCCUCCAUUGCCAUAGACACUGCCAUUAAAAGUAACUUCUGGGGAAAUCCA